AUGGCUGCUUCACCGACGGCUCUCCUCACCGCCCUGUUGGCGAUGGCCACCGUAGGGAACCUCGCGGCGCCCGUCGCUGCGGCCCGCGCCUUCUUCGUUUUCGGCGACUCCCUCGUCGACAACGGCAACAACAACUACUUGGCCACCACCGCCCGCGCAGACUCCCCUCCCUACGGCAUCGACUUCCCCACCCACCGACCCACCGGCCGCUUCUCCAAUGGCCUCAACAUCCCCGACAUCAUCAGUAAGUACCCAAGAAACCUCUCUCUCUCUCUCUCUCUCGCUCUGAGCGGGGUGGGGAUUAUUGCCAGGUGAGAAGCUCGGGGCGGAGCCGACGCUGCCCUACCUGAGCCCGGAGCUGAGGGGGGAGAAGCUGCUGGUGGGAGCGAACUUCGCCUCCGCAGGGAUCGGGAUCCUCAACGACACCGGCCUCCAGUUCGUAAGUGGCUGAGUUCUCUUCUAAUGAGAGUUAAUGGUCCCGCCGCCGCCGCCGCCGCUGCCGCUGCUCAGGCUGAGAAGCUUCGCCGGCUUGCCGGUGCAGGUGAACAUCGUGAGGAUUCCCCGGCAGCUGGAGUACUUCGAGGAGUACCAGCAGCGGCUGAGCUCCCUCGUCGGCCCCGCUCAAGCGCGCCGCCUGGUGAACCAGGCGCUAGUCCUCGUCACCCUCGGAGGCAAUGACUUUGUCAACAACUACUACCUCGUGCCCUUCUCCGCCAGAUCACGCCAGUUUACCCUCCCGGACUACGUCUCCUACCUCAUAUCUGAGUACAAGAAGAUCCUCCUGGUGGGUGCUUAAAAUCCCUGAAUGUCUCAUUCCUCCACAAUCAGUCGUGCCCAGGUGAUAAAGGCCACGCCUUUGACUCACCUGUUUCUGUGGACUGCUACGCCUUGAAUAAGGCACCCUACGUCAUAUAUAGUAGAGCUCUUUCUUGUACUGUGAAGGAUUGAUUAUGGUGGUGAUGGCGACGACGACUUGCAGAGGUUGCAAGAGCUGGGCGCCAGGCGGGUUCUGGUGACGGGUACGGGGCCGCUGGGCUGCGUACCGGCGGAGCUCGCGCUGAGGAGCCGCGACGGCAACUGCGACCCGGAACUGCAGCGCGCCGCCAGCCUGUUCAACCCGCAGCUGGCGCAGCUCAUCCGUAACCUCAACCGCGACAUAGGCGCCGACGUCUUCAUCGCCGCCAACGCCUUCAGCAUGCAUAUGGACUUCAUCACCAACCCGCAGAGCUACGGUAAGCGCCUCUUCUUCUCCCCGACUCGUUUCUUCUUCGUAGCGGAUAACAUCGCACCGUCGUCUCUCCGGGCAGGUUUCGUCACGUCGAAGGUGGCGUGCUGCGGGCAAGGACCCUACAACGGGAUCGGGCUGUGCACCAUCGCCUCCAGCCUCUGCCCCAACCGGAACACCUAUGCCUUCUGGGACGCCUUCCAUCCUUCCGAGCGGGCCAACCGGAUCAUCGUCAGCCAGUUCAUGGCUGGCUCCGUCAACUACAUGAGCCCCAUGAACCUCAGCACCGUCCUGGAGAUGGACGCAAGGGCCUAG